AUGGCCCGAAACAGGGAGGGUUUGAUUUUGGUGAUUGAUGUGGGGCCUUCAAUGCAUUGUGUUCUUCCUGAAAUUGAGAAGGUUUGCUCCGUGUUAGUGGAAAAGAAGUUGAUUUACAGCAAGUAUGAUGAAGUAGGAGUUAUUUUAUUUGGGACAACAGAGACUGCAAACGAAUUGACAGAAGAGCUGGGUGGAUAUGAACAUGUGACGGUUUUGAGGAGUAUCAAAGUUGUUGAUGAUGACCUUCUUCAGGCUCUAGAACAGCUUCCUCGAGGAAGCGUUGAUGGUGAUUUUCUUGAUGCCGUAAUUGUUGGGAUGGAUAUGAUGAUUAAAAAGUAUGGGAUAACCAACAAAGGAAAGAAGCGCCUUUGCCUCAUCACAAAUGCCAUGUGUCCGAUUAAAGAUCCAUAUGAAGGAACAAAGGAAGAUCAAGUCAGCACCAUUGCAGCUCAGAUGAAAGCACAUGGCAUGAGAAUGGACUCUGUAAUUGUUAGAAUGAAACAAGAUUUGGAUGCAGAAAAGGGAAUUAUUGAUGAAAAUGAUUUUCUUUUGUCAGUAUUUUCAAAAGAAACUUCCUCAAAAGCAGCAUAUGUUGAAAGUGCAACUUCAUUGAUGGGUGCAAUAAGAACUCGUAAUAUAGCUCCUGUCACAUUAUAUAGAGGUGAUUUUGAACUCAGCACCAAAUUGAAGAUCAAGGUAUGGGUCUAUAAGAAAACAUCUGAAGAGAGAUUUCCCACUUUGAAAAUGUAUUCAGAUAAAGCACCUCCAACUGAUAAGUUUGCUAAGCAUGAAAUCACGAGUAGUUACGAAUAUAAAGUUGUUCAAGAUCCAACAAAACAAGUGCCACCAGAACAAAGGAUUAAAGGAUACCGAUAUGGACCUCAAGUAGUUCCCAUAUCAUCUGCUGAAUGGGAGGCAGUGAAGUUCAAACCAGAGAAAGGUGUGAAGCUUCUAGGAUUCACAGAUGCUUCGAAUAUAAUGCGGCAUUACUAUAUGAAAGAUGCAAAUGUCUUCAUAGCUGACCCGGAAAAUUCGAAGGCCAUUCUUGCUGUCUCUGCAUUGGCAAGGGCAAUGAAGGAUAUGAACAGAGUAGCAAUUGUCCGCUGUGUAUGGAGACAAGGGCAGGGAAAUGUAACAAUAGGAGUCCUUACUCCUAAUGUGUCUGACAAAGGCAAUGUUCCUGAUUCAUUAUAUUUCAAUGCUCUUCCUUUCGCUGAGGAUGUGCGGGAGUUUCAGUUUCCAUCUUUCAGCAAUCUUCCAUCGUCAAUGCUCCCUAAUGAACAGCAACAGGAGGCUGCAGAUAAUCUUGUCAAGAUGCUUGAUCUUGCACCGUCUGAUAGUCAGGAAGCAUUGCUGCCUGAGUUCACGCCUAAUCCUGUAUUACAGCGGUAUUAUCACUAUCUUGAGAUGAAGUCAAAGCACCAUGAUGCUGCUGUCCCUCCACUCGAUGAAAUCCUUAGGAGGAUAACAGAUCCCGAUCCUGAACUUCUUUCUCAAAACAAGACCGUCGUUGAUGAAUUCAGAAGGUGUUUUGAACUGAAAGACAACCCAAAGAUGAAGAAAUCAAGAAAAAGAUUGAUAAGGGAAAAACCAACUGGAUCAGAUGAGGAAGGAGAACGUGCGUCUACUAAAGUUAAAUCUGAAAAAAUUGGAAACAUAAAUCCUGUUCAAGAUUUUGAAGACAUGAUAUCUCGGAGGGAUAGCCCAGAAUGGGUUAAUAAGGCUAUUCAGGAAAUGAAGAAUAAGAUCUUUUAUCUAGUGGAGAACUCUCUUGAAGGGGAUACAUAUCAGAAAGCAUUGGAAUGUUUAGUGGCUCUCCGCAAUGGUUGCAUUGUUGAACAGGAACCAAAACAGUUCAAUGAUUUGCUACGUAAUCUUUAUGCAUCCUGCAAAGAAAAAGAUCUCAGAAGCUUCUGUAAGCAACUCGAAUCUCAUGGAAUCGCCUUGAUAACAAAGACAGAAGCCCCCGACAGUGAUGUUUUGGAGAGCGAGGCCAGAAGCUUUAUGACUGAAUCAGAGGUGAAAGCAGAAACUGCUAAAAAGGAGCCCAAAGAGGAGCAAGAUAUUAUGAGUAUAUACUUGGGUGGAAAAUAGGGCCAUCUAUCUAGGAAAACCUCUCCAUAGGAUUUUGCUUGUUCUCUCUUGACUCUCAAGAUCUGUAAAGUAAACUAGUUUUUGGCAAUAACAGAUUUUUUUGUCUAAAAUUUCUAAGUAUCUUUAGCUAGUGGUUCUAUUAAUUCCUUUUGAACCAGUAUUUA